AUGAACUCGAACCAGGACUUCCGACUCUCCGAUUUAUUCUUGGUCGGCCAGGCGACCUCACGAACAUUCGGUGAUUUAUGUCUCAAGCCGUCAUUGAGGAACCCUAUCUCCACCACCAAAAGGAGCGUCUCGCAACCCAGCAACACCGUCAAGGCUGCUGUCCGAAAGGACUUUGCGAAGCUCUACUGUGGUGAACAUAUCAUUGACCGUCUGCAAGGAUACAUUGACUUUUCACACAAUCUACCCGGGAGGCUACCAUCUGAGCCAGCUCCUACGCAGCCGUAUCGCGCACGCGCUGCUCCUGGCAAAGAUCGUGUGCUGCCUCCGACAUCGCAGAUAACGGAGGCCGUCGGACAGAUGUAUCAAGAGGAGAUGAGGCUCCGGCAACAUUCCCCCCUCCCGCUCACGACGAAUGAUUCUGUUCAAGACGAGGUUGGGCAUCAGAUACUGCCAUUGCUGAAUCAUGCGAUCAAGACCUACACUCAUAACACCAUCAUCCCUGGUAAUUUACCUCCGCAUUCUGAACGUACGGAUAGCACGCAGCGCGACCACUUCGAAGAGGUCAACGCAUCUGAGGCUGUGAACAUCGAUGUCGCACAGCAGCUCCUCUUCUUUCCAUGCUGGGCGCGACACGCCAUCGGUUCCCUGCAAUGGGAGCAGGCUGAAGAAACCGCAGGAAAAGCGUCCUCGGGAAAGGCAGACUAUGCCCUGUUCAUCUCGCCCGCCUUAGAUGGCGUCUGUGCUCACGGCGAGGUCAGACAGCCAUGGAUCUACACUACCCGGGAGAUCCAUGAAGUCUAUACCGGGCCCGAGUGGGCUGUCAUGCCCACAGCACCGUACAACUUUCAACGCGGCUCGGGAUUCGAGCGUACGAAAGCUAUCAAUUCGCUUCUGAAGAUGGCCUUUGGUCAGAUCCGCGGACUCAACUCGCAUAUCGGGUUCUUCACCAACCUGUCGGUGGUAGUUUUCUACUUCUACUUCGACGGGAAGCCAGUCAAGGAGGUCAGCGAUGGUGAUGAUGUGGCAGACAAUUCUGAUUCAUCGACGUCACUGGAAGAGGCACCGCCACAACUCCAGCUGCGGUCUCGACGCUCGACGCGUAUGCGCAGUAAGGUAGAAGAACAUGCGGACAAGAAAUUGGGUAACACGGUGCCAAAGCUGGACGAUACGAAGGCGGAGCCCGAGCCUGAGCCUGAGGUGGACUCAGACUCCGAGUCUGACGACCUCAAAAGCGGCCUCGUCCUAUCGUAUCCGAUCGACUUUACGGAUCCCCGGGUGCUUCUGUGCCUGCAGGCAAUGACGUUUUUGGCCCUUGACGCGCAGAAGUGGGAUGACGAUGGCAAGAGGAUCGUCGACAUCCUGGCGCCAGGCGAUGAACUGACGCAGAUCCGGCCGGUCAAUGCUCAAGAGUGACCUGGCGGUGGUCUCGCUGUAUCAUCUCAUGUCUCGGAAUGGAGUUGAAUUAGGACGGGGGUAAGUAUGGCAUGGCUUUGCAAUUGAUGUCUGAUGAUAAGGAGUUGAUUCUUGCCUCCGAAUGCUCGCGACAAAGACCUCUUUCUUGCCAGUGUACUUGUACUUUUGAUCAUGACACGAGACUGCGAGUGUUUUCAUCAGUUCGACGUGCGUAUUUACUGUGUUCGCUAGUGACUGAUGAACUUAGGUAGUCGUCCGUGAUCUCAUACUUGAUGCCUCUGUAUACUUACUAUUGUCGAAUCAACUGCCUCGUUCUGUACGA